AUGACAAAAGCAAAAAUUUCAAAAGAAGAUGAUAUUAAUGUGUUGACCCUAAGAAGUGGUCAUCUUGAUCGUGAAGAUGAUGUUAAUGUCCAUGUUGAUGGUAAAGAUGAAGGUAUUGAUAUUAACGACGAAAAUCAUGAUGGUAAAGUCGAUGAUGAAAACGAUACUGUUGAUAUUGAUAUUGAUAGCGAAAAUUAUGAUGCUGAAGGGAGAGAUGAUGACACCAAAGUUGAUGGUGAAGAUGAUCUUCAUGCUCAUGCUAAAGAUGAGCGUAUUAGUGUUACUGUUGAAGAUAAUGAUGUUGAUUUUCAUGUUGAUGAUGAAGAUGAUGAUGCAAAUGUACAUAGUCCAGAUGAUGUUGAUGUUGUUGAAGAAAAUGAUGAUGUCGAUGGCGAAGAUAAUGUUAAUGUUGAUGGCAAAAAUGAAGAGGUUGACGACGAUAGUGAAAUCGAUCAUCUUGAUGUUCACGUUGGUGCCAAGACGAUGAUGCUAACAUUCAUGGUCGAGAUGACGAUGGUGCCAAUGUUAAUUUAA